AUGAGGUGUGGAAAGUAUCAACAACUUGGGCAUAAUAAGAUUUCAUGCACAAAUGAGGAGGUACCUAAGCCACCUAUCCCAAAAAGGAAGAUUGGAAGACCUAGGAAAGAUGGGGGAGGCCAACCUAUCUUUGAUCAAUUCCCUCUAUUUAAGCCUGAUAUACUAAGAAGUGAUGUUGCUCCUCCCACAGUUUCAGAAUGUGGUGAUCAAGUUGGUGGGCCUGAUAUACCAAGAAGUGAUGUUAUACCUCCCCCAGUUUCAGAAUCUGGUAAUCAAUUAGGUGGUCCUAAUGUUAGUCCUCUGAAAAGGACUAAGAUGAUAGCAAGGAGAGGAGGGAAAACUAAAUUGUCUGGAUCAAGGAACAAAACACCAAAGAAAACACCUAAUGGUAAGAAACAUAAGAGUAAUGCAAAGGAGGAUGUGUCCCUAACUUGUGAUGAGGAUUUUGUUGAUCUUUGUACCCAUGCACCUAAUGGUAAGCAAGGUAUGAGUCAAGCAACAGAGGAUGUUCAGGAACAAGAACAUGAUGAUAAUGAGGUGAAGUUAAGUGAAAGACUUACUUUACAGGAGUUGUUGAUGUCUGGAUAUACACAUGCUGAUGCAGUGGCUGCUAUGAAAGAGGUAUGUUCUGGUUUAUGGAGAGGUUGCGAACAACAGAUUGAAGAAAAAGAGGUUGAGGAAGGAGUUGAAGAUAGAGAGGUUGAAGAAAAAGAAGUUGAAGGCAUACAGGUUGAGCAAGAAGAAGUUGAAGGCAUAGUGGUUGAGGAAGAAAUAGUUGAAGAGAGAGAGGUUGGAGCAAGAGUCCUACCCUCCAGAAGAAGUUAUGGUGCUUACAAUUUCCAUUGGGAGAAAAAGAGGAAACCCUCUAAAAAAAUUAGGAAGUUGAAGCUCAGGAAAAUGGUUGAAGAUGUUGAUGGUGGUGGUUCCUCCAAAACCCCUUGGGUUUUAGAGUAA